CCUACGUUUAACUCGCUAGAGGGAGCGCGAGCGAUUUCAAUCCGGAACGUCUUGAUGACGUCACUCUCCUCUGCGACAAAGCGCGGCGAAACCGUUUAGGGUGUAAACAUGAUGUUUUGUGCAUGUUAGACAACACAAAGCAAGGUGAACAUGGACGUGAGCCAUUCCAUUCGUGAACGCACCAUCGCCGAGAACAGUCUGGUGAUUCUUCUUCAGGGUCUGCAUGGCCAGGUGACCACCGUUGACCUGCGAGACGAGAGCACGGCGAGGGGACGCGUUAUUAACGUGGACGCUUUCAUGAACAUCCGGCUGGAGAAGGUUCUGUACAGGGACAGACGUGGACGUGUGUCCAGUAUGGACGACUUGUUCAUCACGGGCCGAAACGUGCGUUAUGUCCACAUCCCAGACCACAUGAACAUUAUAGAGACAAUAGAGACCCAGCUCGCCAAAAUACACCGCGUGCGAAACUUUGGAGCAAGCGGUGGACGCAAAGAAUACUCUAAGAAAAAAUAGUUUUUAUGAGAAACUCACGUUUGUCUUGCAAAUAUAUGGUUUUGUAAUGCGCAGUAUUAAUUUUCAUUAAGUAAUGCAGUCAUGGAGCAAAAUGUAAUGCAUAGUUUACUUUGAAAAUGUUGCUAGUUGGUGACUGAAAGAGCUCUGAAUAUCAUCUCUAGGAAAAGUGUGGGAAAAGUUAUUUCUGUGUACUCUAGUGGUUUGAAAAAGCAGUAAACGGUGAAAUAACCAUUGAUCGAUGAGUUCCUUAAGUUGACAUUGUGUUUGUUUAAACAACACAUCGUUUUACUUUUAAUAUUUGUUCUGUCUCUUAAUUGCAAUGUCAAUAUCUCUCA